GAACUCCAGCAGCAAAGACACACUAACAUGGCUCUCCCCAGUUCUGCCGUGCUGGCCGAGCGCAAGAAGCUCCAUGUCGGCGCUGAAAUUGUUCAGAACCAGCAGUCCACAGACUUCCCAGGACACUGGCCAGGCGAGAACCAUGAAUGGGACCUGGACUACUUCAAGGAGAACUUCAAGGUCCAGUUCCACGCCCGCCCCACGCCCUACGACUCCUCCUUCUCGCUCUCUGGCCUCGACACCUCUGUCGCAAACGCCUUCCGCCGCAUUCUGCUCUCCGAAAUUGCCACUCUCGCCAUCGAAGACGUCUUCAUCUACCAGAACACCUCCAUAAUCCAGGACGAAGUGCUCGCCCACCGCCUGGGCCUGAUCCCCCUCUGCGGCGACCCCAAGGGCCUGGAGUGGAUGAAAUGGUACGUCAAGCCGAGCGACGACGACGAAGGCUCUGGCGGCCCCUCGGACUUCAACUGCGCAAUCCUGCACCUGGACGUGGAGUGCAGCUGGCAAGAAGGCGGUCUGCAGCGUGCAGUAGCCGGCGAGACCGACCCCGAUAAACUGUACAUCAACCACUCCGUCUACGCCAAGGACCUCGUUUGGGCACCGCUGGGCAAGCAGUCGGAAAUGUUCGACGCCGCGCAACCGAUCCGCGCCACGAACCCCGACAUCCUGAUCGUAAAGAUGCGUCCGGGGCAGAGAAUCACACUGACCAUGCACGCCAUGAAGGGCAUUGGUCAGGACCACGCCAAGUUCUCCCCCGUCGCGACGGCAUCCUACCGCCUCAUGCCGACCAUCGACAUCCUGAAACCGAUUGUCGGCGCCGACGCAAAGAAGUUCGCGCGCUGUUUCCCCAAGGGCGUCAUUCGUCUCGACAAGAUCACCGAUGAGGAGGCCGCUGUGGAUCCUGAGUUGAGCGGGCACGAGGGCGAGAACAAGGCCGUGGUUGACAAGCCCAUGAAUGAUACUGUGUCGAGGGAGUGUCUGAGGCACCCGGAGUUCAAGGACAAGGUGAAGCUUGGGCGGGUGCGGGAUCAUUUUAUUUUCCGCGUUGAGAGCACGGGGCAGAUUGAGAGUGAUGAGCUGUUUUUGGAGAGCGUGAAGGCGUUGCGGAUCAAGGCGCAGAGGAUAAAGAGGGGGUUGGAUGAGAUGAUGAAGUAGACGCCGAACGGAAGCGAGGAAGAUAGUGAUGAGGCUGUUUGCAUUGCAAGGCGUUUUGGGAGGCUGGAAAAGUCACGAUAUCAUGGGUGCCUGUGAGAUAGAUGGAUCGAUUG